AGGUAGAAAAUGGUGGUCCGUGUUCACUUACUGUGAAGAUUUGGAAUCAGACAACUACAGCUUUGAUUCUCCAAGUGUUUCAGGAUGUAAAUGUAGUCUGACCUUUCCCUGAUGGGCAGUUAAAUCAUGGACACGCUAAACAAUUUACUUUGGACUGUCCUUUCAAAAGAUGCUCUGGCUUCUCUCUUGAAUGUGCACUAAGCAUUUAUAACUGACAAGGAAAAGAAAGGAGACUGUGAACUGGAAAGCUAUCUUACAAUGAAAAUUACGAGCACAUCUUGCAUCUGUCCAGUCCUAGUGUGUCUCUGUUUUGUGCAGAGGUGUUAUGGAACUGCUCACCACAGCUCCAUCAAGGUGACCAGAAACCAGACCAAACAUAUUGAAGGGGAAACCGAAGUCCACCAUCGUCCCAAAAGGGGAUGGGUUUGGAAUCAGUUCUUUGUUUUAGAAGAACAUAUGGGACCAGAUCCUCAGUAUGUUGGAAAACUUCACUCCAAUUCUGACAAAGGCGAUGGGUCUGUCAAGUAUAUCCUUACUGGAGAAGGUGCUGGGACUAUAUUUAUCAUUGAUGAUACCACCGGUGACAUCCACUCAACGAAAAGCCUAGACAGAGAGCAGAAGACCCACUAUGUGCUUCAUGCCCAGGCUAUUGACAGACGAACAAACAAGCCUCUUGAACCUGAAUCCGAGUUCAUAAUCAAAGUACAAGACAUCAAUGAUAAUGCUCCAAAGUUCACAGAUGGACCAUACAUUGUUACUGUGCCUGAAAUGUCAGAUAUGGGUACCUCUGUUCUACAGGUGACAGCUACUGAUGCAGAUGACCCUACCUAUGGAAACAGUGCCCGCGUGGUUUACAGUAUUCUCCAGGGACAACCCUACUUCUCUGUAGAUCCUAAAACAGGAGUUAUUAGAACUGCCUUACAUAAUAUGGACAGAGAAGCCAGAGAACACUAUUCAGUGGUCAUUCAAGCCAAAGACAUGGCUGGACAAGUUGGAGGGCUUUCUGGAUCUACAACAGUCAACAUCACCCUGACUGAUGUCAAUGACAACCCCCCACGGUUUCCUCAGAAGCACUAUCAACUGUAUGUUCCUGAGUCAGCUCAAGUUGGUUCAGCUGUUGGGAAAAUCAAAGCAAAUGAUGCAGACACUGGUUCAAAUGCUGACAUGACAUACUCUAUCAUUAAUGGUGAUGGUAUUGGGAUAUUCUCCAUCUCCACUGACAAGGAGACCAGAGAAGGGAUACUUUCUUUAAAGAAGCCACUGAACUAUGAGAAAAAGAAGUCAUAUACUCUCACCAUAGAAGGAGCAAAUACACAUCUUGAUUUCCGCUUUUCUCACUUGGGUCCUUUUAAAGAUGCUACCAUGUUGAAGAUCAUUGUUGGAGAUGUGGAUGAACCACCACUCUUUUCCAUGCCUUCCUAUGUCAUGGAAGUCUAUGAAAAUGCCAAAAUUGGGACUGUUGUUGGCACAGUUUUGGCACAAGAUCCUGACAGUGAUAAUAGCUUAGUAAGGUACUUCAUUGACUACAGUGCUGAAGAUGACAGAUGUUUCAAUAUUGAUGUCAAUACAGGAACCAUUAGGACUACAAAGGUCCUUGAUAGAGAAGAAACUUCAUGGUACAACAUCACAGUUGCUGCUUCAGAAAAUGACAAUCCUGGUUUGCUGAGCCAUGUCACAGUGGGUAUUAGAGUUCUGGAUGUCAAUGACAAUCCACCCGAACUUGCCAGGGAAUAUGAUAUUGUUGUCUGUGAAAAUUCAAAACCUGGCCAGGUGAUUCAUACCAUCAGUGCCACUGAUAAAGAUGAUUUUGCAAAUGGACCAAGGUUUAACUUCUUUCUUGAUGAACACCUAUCUAUAAACCCAAACUUCACUCUGAAGGACAAUGAAGAUAACACAGCCAGCAUUCUGACAAGGCGGAGGAGAUUUAGUCGAACUAUUCAGGAUGUGUAUUAUCUCCCCAUUAUGAUCUCUGAUGGUGGAAUCCCCUCUCUCAGCAGCAGCAGUACCCUCACCGUCAGGGUUUGUGCAUGCGAGAGAGAUGGGCGCGUGCGGACCUGCCAUGCGGAAGCGUUCCUGUCCUCGGCUGGCUUGAGUACAGGGGCCUUAAUCGCUAUUCUGCUGUGUGUUGUCAUUCUCCUAGCAAUUGUAGUACUUUUUAUCACCUUGAGACGCAGCAAAAAAGAGCCCCUAAUCAUCUCUGAGGAGGACGUGAGGGAGAAUGUGGUCACCUACGAUGAUGAAGGUGGCGGUGAGGAAGACACUGAGGCCUUUGACAUCACAGCCUUGAGGAAUCCAUCUGCUGCCGAGGAGCUCAAGUAUCGGAGAGAUAUCAGACCCGAAGUGAAACUCACCCCCAGACACCAGACAUUGUCCACCCUGGAAAGCAUAGAUGUUCAGGAAUUUAUUAAGCAAAAACUGGCAGAAGCCGACCUAGACCCCAGUGUCCCCCCUUAUGACUCUCUUCAGACUUAUGCCUAUGAAGGUCAGAGAUCGGAGGCUGGGUCCAUCAGCUCACUGGAUUCAGCAACCACACAAUCAGACCAGGAUUAUCACUACCUUGGAGAAUGGGGACCUGAAUUUAAAAAGUUAGCUGAACUCUAUGGAGAAAUAGAAUCUGAAAGAACAACUUAGGGGGUCAAUUCUUGCAACCUUCUAGAAUUUGCUUCCUGAGCAAGUGGAGACAUAACCUCAGCAAUGGCAAGGAAGAAGAGUGGAGACAGUACUUGGAACUGAGCAAGCUGUACACAGCUACUGUAGAAACAAGUGCCCUUUCCAUGAUCGAAACUGGGUUAUUUAAUCAGAAGACAGUCAAAUUAAAAAAAAUACAGAGAAAAAGCUGUUGUUCCUUGUGUAUAUUUUCAAUUGCUCAAUAAAGUCUGUGGUACUGUUUAAUUAAGAA